GUAACUGCCAACACUCAGCGACAAACAAACAAACAAAAAAAAUUGCUCUCAGCUUCUUCAGAUCAAAAUGGCCAUUUUCUCCAGAUUUUAUCUUCUGUUCUUCGUGUUCCUCACAGGCGCCUCCGCCACCGUCUUUACCAUUGAAAACAGCUGCCGCUUCACCGUCUGGCCCGGUGUACUCUCCGGCAACGGCGCUACCCUCGGCGACGGCGGUUUCCCUCUUCCGCCGGGAUCCUCCGUCAAGCUCACCGCCCAUCCGGGAUGGUCCGGCCGCUUCUGGGCACGGACCGGUUGCAACUUCGACUCCUACGGCCACGGAAACUGCCUCACCGGCGACUGUGGCGGCGUCUUGAACUGCAUCGGUGGCGGCGCUCCUCCAGUGACUCUCGCCGAGUUCACUCUCGUCGGAGCCUCCGGCAAGGAUUUCUACGACGUGAGCCUCGUCGACGGCUACAAUGUCGAGAUGGGUAUCCGAGCGUUGGGCGGUUCCGGCGAUUGUCAGUACGCCGGCUGUGUAUCCGACGUGAACGCGAUCUGCCCGAGCGAGCUCCGCGUCGUGGACCCCGGUACGGGUGACGUGGCGGCCUGUAAGAGCGCGUGCCUUGCGUUUAACUCGCCGGAGUUUUGCUGCACCGGAGACCACGCGACGCCGGAGACUUGCUCGCCGACGAAAUUCUCGGGGAUGUUCAAGAACGCUUGCCCGAGCGCGUACAGCUACGCGUACGACGACGCUUCCAGCACUUGCACUUGUACCGGGUCGGAUUACUUGAUCACCUUUUGCCCAACCGGAUCAUAAACCGGGUCGGGCCGGGUCGAGUUCUCACGUUUCUUUUGCCACUGUAGUUUUUCUGAUUUCCCCCCUUUUUUUACUCUUAUUGUUACACAAACAUACAGAUUCAUGCGCAUUGUGUUUCUGAAUUUAUAUCAUUUGUUUGUUA